AUGGAAAAGCUUACAGAGUCACCGUGUCUGGUUUUUGACGAGGUACUACAUGACGAGGAUUGCGCGGAAAUGGCGCUAGAGCAUGAAAAUAUAGAGCGCGUUAUGGAUGGCCAGUGCCUUGUGGAGCAGCUUUCGCUUACGCAAAUUCCGACGGUCAAGCAUCGCAAACGUCGCCGCACUCGCACAGUUGACGCGGACUUGGAGUUGCAGUGUCUUCACGACGACGUUCAAUUCGAAAAGGAUUCGCUUCUUUACUCAAGUAACGCAAAGGAGAGUGAUACAGAAGACGGUGCCAAUGCUCUUGUUGCUGUAUUUGAAUCAGCAGAUUCGGAUCAGAAUCAGACACUACGGGAGCAGCCCGAGCUUUUGAGAAUGAAGUUUCCACAUACACCCUCUGCUUCGUUCAUGCGCGUGUGCUGCUGUGGCGAACGAAAUCGCAGCACGAUGGCGGAGGACGAGGCGUUUGAAUCACAUAGUGCAUUCAGAGAGUAUCUGGACCUGCACAUCCGCUACGCAGUGGUAGUGCGUGUUGUUAGGGUAGAAAUCGUGGACGGCCAGGUCAUAUUUGUACUCAAAGUAUCAGACGCAGAGACCCAAAAGCGCUGGAAGGUCAACAAGACGCUGAAAGAGAUGAUGCAAUUUUAUUCACAAAUCCAGCAGAUAAGUCUUUUAGAUGCACCGGUCAAGAGGUCACUGUGGGGCACGUUUCAAGGACUGAGGAAUUGCAAAUUACCUAAAAAGUUUCUUCGCUGUCGAGGCUCAUUGAAUGCGCAACGACGCGUGAUUUUCGACUCGUUUUUAAGACAAACAGCUGCACUAGUAGCCCCGGCACCACUGGGAAUUCGACGGAGGAAGGCUGUGCUACUACUACAAGAGUUUGUAGGCGUGCACCGCCAUUGUAAUGUGUUUCACCGUACCAGCUGCACGUGUUUCUCUCCCGAAAGUCAGGUGUACGCAUGUCACCUUGUGACAAGUAUCUUCGGGCUACGCAAUCAUGAUGUUACGAUAGCAUGCACGUCUCUUGUUACAAUUCUCAUUACCUCGAGUCGUGAUGAGAAGCAUGCAAAUAUGUCACAAUGCAAGGCACGAAUGCUUUUGAACACAAUAUCGCGAAAAAUGGGCGAGAUUGUAAAUAGAAUGCUGCGAGAUAAAAUGCUUUUAAGCCAACUCGCCGUUGCUCGUUCAACUCGCCCUGACUCUGACUACGACGAAUUAAUAGACGAAGUAAAGCAUUCUGUAUGCAGCUUUGUACAAAUGCGUGUGCUUGUACCAUUAGAGGAUCAUGUUUACGAAGCGCUUCACACUGUUACCGAUUGGGAAGACGAAAUUGCGCUUAAGAACAAAAUUAAGGUGCUGCAGACCAAACCUCAGUCGUUUUUCGGGGUGCCGCCGCAUAUCGUCGCUAUCUCUGGAAAAGACUGGGAAGAUGCACGUCGUGAGCUACGUUGUGUGAAUGAGUACGCUUUGCCGCUUGAUAAGCUCAAGUGCCUAGCACGCGCUGCGGGGGCUAUUUUCCAGGCAUGUGGGUCGUCGCGAUUGUCAUCAUUUCAUGAUACAAUCGGUAGUUUGACUUCGAUUGAGGAUUUGGACAUGACCCUUCGGCCUUCAAUAACUACAGAUGAAUUCAUUACAGUGCACUUGUUUGUGCUUGUUAUGAGUAAUAUGUCGCAAAUUUUGAUCACGCGUGAGUUUUUGCGAAUAAUGUGCGACCCACAAGAUAUUACUGGUGAGCUUGGCUAUUAUCUUACCACGUUUGAAGUGGCAGUAGACUUGCUCAUUAACCACAUUGACCUCGAACAGCCGCUGAUACCAUCAAAGUGA